GUCCUGGACAACGCCAUCGAAACGGAGAAGAUGAUCGAGAAGUACGAGUCUCUGGCGUCGGACCUGCUGGAGUGGAUCGAACAGACCAUCAUCAUCCUCAACAACAGGAAGUUCGCCAACUCUCUGGUCGGGGUCCAGCAGCAGCUCCAGGCCUUCAACACCUACCGCACCGUAGAGAAACCUCCAAAGUUCACAGAGAAAGGAAACCUGGAAGUUCUUCUGUUCACCAUCCAGAGUAAGAUGAGAGCCAACAACCAGAAGGUCUACAUGCCCCGAGAGGGAAAACUCAUCUCUGACAUCAACAAGGCCUGGGAGCGACUGGAAAAGGCGGAGCACGAGAGGGAGCUGGCUCUGAGGACAGAGCUGAUUCGUCAGGAGAAACUGGAACAACUGGCCCGACGUUUCGACCGCAAAGCGGCCAUGAGAGAGACCUGGCUCAGUGAGAACCAGAGACUGGUGUCACAGGACAACUUCGGAUUUGACCUUCAGGCUGUUGAGGCGGCCACCAAGAAGCAUGAGGCAAUUGAGACAGACAUUUCAGCAUAUGAGGAGCGUGUCCAGGCUGUGGUUGCUGUGGCGAAGGAGCUGGAGGCGGAGCACUACCACGACAUCAAACGUAUCACUGCCAGGAAGGACAAUGUGAUCCGGCUGUGGGAGUAUCUGCUGGAGCUGCUGAAGGCCCGUAGACUCCGUCUGGAGAUGAACCUGGGUCUGCAGAGAGUCUUCCAGGAGAUGCUCUACAUCAUGGACUGGAUGGAUGAAAUGAAGAUGCUACUGCUGUCUCAGGAUUAUGGGAAGCAUCUCUUGGGCGUGGAAGACUUGCUGCAAAAACAUGCCCUGGUGGAGGCCGACAUCGGCAUCCAGGCUGACAGGGUGAAGGCAGUCACCUCCAACGCUAACAAGUACUCCGGUAACGACAAUGGCUACAAACCCUGCGACCCUCAGGUCAUCCAGGACCGAGUUUCCCACCUUGAGUUUUGCUACCAGGAGCUGAUCCAGCUGGCUGCCGAGCGUCGUGCCCGCUUGGAGGAGUCCCGUCGCCUCUGGAAGUUCUACUGGGAAAUGGCUGAGGAGGAGGGCUGGAUCCGUGAGAAGGAGCAGAUCCUUUCUUCUCUCGAACAUGGUAAGGACCUGACAGGGGCGCUGCGCCUCCUCAGCCAGCAGCGUGCUUUGGAGGACGAGAUGACUGGCCGCGCUGGACACCUCCACCACACCAUUGCUGAGGGCCAAGUCAUGGUACAGGCCGGUCACUUUGGUGCCACUAAGAUUCAGGAGCGUAUUGCUGACCUGCAGGCUCAGUGGGCGGCACUGGAGCAGCUGGCAGCGGCAAGGAAGAAGAGGCUGGAGGAGGCUCUGGCCCUGCACCAGUUUCAGACUGACGCAGAUGAUGUUGAUGCCUGGACGCUAGAUGCCUUGCGCAUUGUCUCCAGUGGAGAGACGGGCCAUGAUGAGUUCUCCACUCAGGCGCUGGUCAGGAAACACAAGGAUGCAGCAGCAGAGGUAGUUAGCUACCGGCCGGUCAUCGACGCACUUCACGAGCAGGCUUCGUCCCUGCCCAAAGAGGAGGCGGAGUCAGAAGAGGUGCGCGGUCGUCUGGCCGGUAUUGAGGAGCGAUAUAAGGAGGUGGCUGAGCUGACAAAGCUGAGGAAACAGGCUCUGCAGGACGCCCUGGCGCUCUAUAAGAUGUUCAGUGAAGCCGAUGCAUGUGAGGUGUGGAUCGAUGAGAAGGAGCAGUGGCUGAACAGCAUGGAGAUCCCUGAAAAACUGGAAGAUCUUGAGGUUAUACAGCACAGGUUUGAGAGUCUAGAGCCAGAGAUGAACAACCAGGCGUCUCGUGUCGCUGUGGUGAACCAGAUCGCCCGGCAGCUGAUGCACAAUGGUCACCCAAGUGAAAAGGACAUCAAGACCCAGCAGGACAAACUGAACAACAGGUGGAGUCAGUUCCGUGACCUGGUGGACCAGAAGAAAGAGUCCCUGAACUCUGCUCUAGGUGUGCAGAACUACCACCUCGACUGCAAUGAGACCAAGUCCUGGAUCAGAGAGAAGACCAAGGUCAUCGAGUCCACCCAGGAGCUGGGCAACGAUCUCACUGGUGUCAUGGCCCUGCAGCGAAAACUGACCGGUAUGGAGCGUGACUUGGCUGCCAUUGAGGACAAAUUGGGUGACCUGCGAGGUGAGGCCCAGCGGCUGGCAGAGGAGCACCCCGACCAGGCUAAGGCCAUCACAGGCCGUCUGGCUGAGAUCAAUGCUGUCUGGGAAGAAAUGAAGAACACACUGAAGAACCGUGAGGAGUCUUUGGGUGAGGCCCGGAAGCUGCAACAGUUCUUGCGUGAGCUGGACGAUUUCCAGUCCUGGCUCUCUCGCACUCAGACUGCCAUCGCCUCAGAGGACAUGCCCAACACGCUGGCUGAGGCAGAGAAACUGAUGGCACAGCAUGAAGGUAUCAAGAACGAGAUCCAGAACUAUGAGGAGGACUACCAGAAGAUGCGGGACAUGGGGGAGAUGGUGACUCAGGGCCAGACAGACGCUCAGUACAUGUUCCUGCGACAGAGGCUGCAGGCGCUCGACACCGGUUGGAACGAACUUCACAAAAUGUGGGAGAAUCGGCAGAACCUGCUGUCCCAGUCACACGCUUACCAGCUGUUCCUCAGGGACACGAAGCAGGCCGAGGCCUUCCUCAACAACCAGGAGUACGUCCUGGCUCACACUGAGAUGCCCACUACUCUGGAAGGUGCAGAGGCCGCCAUCAGGAAGCAGGAAGACUUCAUGACCACCAUGGACGCCAACGAAGACAAGAUCAAUGGUGUGGUGGAGGCCGGCAGGCGCCUGGCUAGUGACGGGAACGUGAACGGCGAACGUAUCCAGGAGAGAGUCGCCUCCAUUGACGAAAGGCAUAAGAAGAACAGGGAGGCCGCUGUGGAGCUGCUGAUGAGACUGAAGGACAACAGAGACCUGCAGAAGUUCCUACAGGACUGUCAGGAGCUGUCACUGUGGAUCAACGAGAAGAUGCUCACAGCGCAGGACAUGACGUACGACGAGGCCAGGAACCUGCACAGCAAGUGGCUGAAGCACCAGGCCUUCAUGGCCGAACUGCAGUCCAACAAAGAAUGGCUGGACAAGAUCCAGAAGGAAGGCAUGAUGCUGGUGUCAGAAAAACCGGAGACGGAGACGGUGGUGAAGGAGAAGCUGUCAGCGCUCCACGCCAUGUGGGAGGAGUUGGAGUCAACCACGCAGACCAAGGCUCAGUGCCUGUUUGAUGCCAACAAGGCCGAGCUGUUCACUCAAAGCUGCACCGACCUCGACAAGUGGCUCGUUGGUCUUGAGGGUCAGAUCCAGUCUGACGACUACGGCAAAGAUCUGACCUCUGUCAACAUCCUGCUGAAGAAACAGCAGAUGUUGGAGAACCAGGUAGAGGUGCGUCAGAAAGAGGUGGUGGAGCUGCAGAGCCAGGUGAAGGCUCUGGGUCAGGAGGUGAAGGAUGCUGAUGAGGUGGACGGGCGGAGGCAGCUGGUGGAGAGUAAGUUCCAGGAGCUGCUGGAGCCGCUGAGACGCCGCAGGAACUUCCUGGUGGAAUCAAGAGAAGUUCACCAGUUCAACCGAGAUGUUGAGGAUGAGAUUCUGUGGGUUCAGGAGCGGAUUCCUGUCGCCACGUCCACCGACCACGGACACAACCUGCAGACCGUCCAGCUGCUCAUCAAGAAGAACCAGACUCUGCAGAAGGAGAUCCAAGGACAUCAGCCUCGAAUCGAUGACAUCCUGGAACGCAGUCAGAGCCUGCUGCGUGACGAGUCCUCCAACACCGACGUCAUCCGUCAGCGUCUGGCCGAGCUGCAGGAGCUGUGGCGGCAGCAUAUGGAGGAGGCGGAGUGCCGACACGGCCGGCUGGAGGAGGCCCACAAGGCUCAGCAGUACUACUUCGACGCUGCCGAGGCAGAGGCGUGGAUGAGCGAGCAGGAGCUGUACAUGAUGUCAGAGGAGAAGGCUAAGGACGAGCAGAGCGCCGUCACUAUGUUGAAGAAGCAUCAGAUUGUGGAGCAGGCGGUGGAGGACUACGCCGAGACCGUCCACCAGCUGUCCAAGACCAGCCGAGGACUGGUGUCCGAUGCACACCCAGAGAG